AUGGGUUCUGACAAAGACGCAGACGACCUAACACGAAAGAAUAAGAAGAUCAACCUACCAAAACCAGCUAGGGUUAAGAACAAAACACCAAACCCUAUCCAAAUCACCGCCGAGCAAAUCCUCCGGGAGGCCCGUGAGCAACAGGAGCCAGAAUUCCGACCUCCCAAACAGAAAAUCGCAGACCCGGAUGAGCAUGCAGAUAAUCUUCUCCGAGAACGUAAGAAAUUCGAGGACCGAAUCCGGCGAGCAAGGCAGAAUAUCAGUGAGUGGAUCAAGUAUGCAACAUGGGAGGAUAAGCAGAAGGACUUGAUACGUGCACGCUCUGUGUUUGAGCGAGCCGUCGAUGUAGAUUAUAAGAACUCCACGCUUUGGAUCAAGUAUGCGGAGAUGGAGAUGAAAAACGGAAAAAAAGACUAUGCUAGGAAUGUGUUGGACCGUGCCGUCCAAUACUUGCCGAGAGUAAACCAGCUUUGGUACAAGUAUGUUCAUAUGGAAGAGAUGAUUGGGAAUGUGGCCGGUGCUCGACAGAUUUACGAGAGGUGGAUGAGUUGGAUGCCGGAGAAGGAAGACUGGCUCGCGUUUGUCAAGUUUGAGGUCCGGUAUAAUGAAGUCGAGCGUGCUAGAGCGAUUUUCGAGAGGUAUGUACAAUGUCAUCAUGGGGUUGAAGCUUGGAUUCGGUAUGCCAAGUUUGAGGUGAAGAUUGGUGGUGAUGUUCUGAGGGCUAGGAACGUGUUUGAGAGGGCAGUUGAGAUGCUGGCUGAUGAUGAAGGGUCCGAGAAGCUGUUUGUUGCUUUCGCUGAGUUUGAAGAGCAAUGCAAAAAUGUUGAUCGAGCAAGGUGUGUUUAUAAAUUUGGAUUGGAUCACGUACCGAAAACUAGAGCUGAGGAUCUGGUUAAGAAGUUUGUGUGCUUUGAGAAGCGAUAUGGGGAUAGAGAAGGUAUUGAGGAUGCUAUUGUGGGAACGAGGAGGUUUGAGUAUGAGGAUGAGGUUAGGAAGAAUCCUCUAAACUACGACUCCUGGUUUGAUUAUAUAAGGCUAGAAGAGAGUGCAGGGAAUAGGGAAAGAAUUCGAGAGGUGUACGAGAGAGCUAUUGCCAAUGUUCCUCCGGCUAAUGAGAAGCGGUAUUGGAACCGAUAUAUUUAUCUGUGGAUUAAUUAUGCACUAUAUGAGGAACUUGAUACCGGAGAUGUGGAACGUGCACGAGAGGUCUACAGAGAGUGCCUUAAUCUGAUUCCUCAUAAGAAAUUCUCGUUUGCGAAAAUAUGGAUUCUUGCUGCCAAGUUUGAGAUUCGACAGCUGAAUCUCACCGCCGCACGGAGCAUUCUUGGUAAUGCUAUAGGCAAGGCACCUAAAUUGAAGAUAUUUAAGAACUACAUUAAAAUUGAGCUGCAACUUGGAAAUAUAGAUCGUUGUCGGACGUUGUAUCAUAAGUAUUUGCUUUGGAAUAUGCAGAGUUUUUAUGCAUGGAUCACGUAUGCAGAGUUUGAGAAAUCUUUAGGUGAAACAGAACGAGCAAGGUACCUUUUUGAACUCGCGAUCAGCCAACAAGAGCUUGACAAUCAUGAUGAAAUGUGGAAGGCCUACAUCGACUUUGAACUGUCUGAAUUUGAGUUUGACAGAGCCAGAAAACUUUACGAGAGACAGCUAGACUGGAUGGAGCAGCACCUGGAGGUGUGGAUACGUUAUGCAAAAUUUGAGGCAGAAGCUCUUGCCAAGGAUGAUGAUGAUGCUGGCUUUCGUGAAGAGAAGAAACAAAGCAUCAAGCGUGCUAGAAGGGUUUUUGAGAGAGCUCUCGACUAUUUUCCAGCUUCAGAACCUGAUAAGAAGGAAGGAAGAAGUAGGUUGUUAGAAGAAUGGUUGAAUAUGGAAGCUAGCUUUGGGAAUUUGGGUGAUUUUAGCUUAGUUCAACCUAUGCUGCCAAAGAAACUAAAGAGAAGGAGGCAAAUAGAAACUGAAGACGGUUCUGCCGGGUACCAGGAAUACAUCGAUUACUUGUUCCCGGAAGAAAGUGAGAAGACAAAUCUCAAGAUUUUAGAAGCUGCCUACCAGUGGAUGAAGAAAAGAAAAUUUUCUCCAGAAGAUUUUUAA